CUUUGUCACUUGUUUCAUUUAUUCAGACCAUGGACUCUAGUAGCAAAAAAUAAAUAGAAGAAGAAAAAGGUAGAGUUGUCUGACUCAUGCCACAGGACCCGGUUGGUGGCCCUCAUCUGCCACUUGAGUGGAUUCAGCACUCCCAUGCCAGCCUGUGAUGUCUUGGACUGCUUUGGGGCUAGAAUGGAAGCAUGCUCUUCCCUGAAAAGGUGACUUCUGCUGGUACUAAGGCCUCCUUGAAAGAUCCAUCCAGCUCUACUUUACAGUUCAGAAAUUCAUAAAAUUCGAAUAUCAGUGGCAGAUUCUAUCGACCUCCCACCGCUCUCGGGCACAAGGUGCUGAUCCCAGACACCUGCCAUGAAACCGCACCUGAAGCAGUGGCGACAAGGGAUGCUUUGCGGAAUAUUUGCGUGGGGGCUCUUCUUCGUGGCGCUAUUCCUCUACUUCACCGACAGCAACCCUGCGGCCCCGGUGCCCAGCUCCUGCUCACUCCUGGACACCAGACGGCUCCUGCCCGCGCAGGGCAAGCGCAGGGCCAUCAUGGGUGCCCUGCAGGAGCCCGCGGGGACCGAGAGCCUGGACUCGACCCGAGGGCUUCUCGCCGGACCCGCUUCUGAGCCCUUCUACCCCGGGCGGGAGGAGCUGCAGAAAUGGGAACAGGAACCGGCUGGGCAUAAGGAGGCGGAGUUUUUAUCGUCUCAGCUGGGGAGAAAAUCCCAGAGCACUUUCUACACAGACGCCGACGACUUUUUUGCAGCAGCUCAGCCGGGGCCGCGCCGCCAGCCGCAGGCCACGUGGGGGUCCUUGUUCCCCCGGGAUCCGGGCCAGCGCCCGGGGCUGUGGCCGCGCGGGCGCUGGAAGAAGCAGCCCUGGGGGCUGGAAGAGGGCGACGGCGACGGCGAGCGGCUGUCCUCCUCCAUGUCCAGGGCCUUCCUGCGGCGCCUCUGGAAGGGGAACGUGUCGUCCAAGAUGCUGGCCCCGCGCCUGCAGCAGGCCAUGAGGGACUACGUGAGCGCCAACAAGCACGGAGUGCGCUUCCGAGGGCGCCGGGCCGGGGCGCGGAGCCGCGCGCAGCUGCUGUGCCAGCUGCGGGGCCGCGUGCGCGUGCGCACGCUCGACGGCACCGAGGCGCCCUUCGCCGAGCUGGGCUGGCGCCGCCUGGUGCCCGCCGUGCCGCUCAGCCGGCUGCACCCGCACGGCCUGCGCAGCUGCGCCGUGGUCAUGUCGGCCGGCGCCAUCCUCAACUCCUCCCUGGGCCCCGAGAUCGAUUCACAUGAUGCAGUUUUAAGAUUUAACUCUGCUCCGACACGUGGCUAUGAGAAAGAUGUUGGAAAUAAAACUACUGUGCGCAUCAUUAACUCCCAGAUUUUGACCAACCCCAACCAUCAUUUCAUUGACAGUUCAUUGUAUAAAGAUGUCAUUUUGGUAGCCUGGGAUCCUGCUCCUUAUUCUGCAAAUCUUAAUCUGUGGUACAAGAAGCCAGAUUACAACCUGUUCACUCCAUAUGUUCAGCAUCGUCAGAGAAACCCGAAGCAGCCAUUUUACAUUCUUCAUCCUAAAUUUAUAUGGCAGCUUUGGGACAUAAUUCAGGAGAACACCAAGGAGAAGAUUCAGCCCAACCCACCGUCUUCUGGCUUCAUUGGAAUCCUCAUCAUGAUGUCUAUGUGCAGUGAAGUGCACGUGUAUGAAUAUCUACCCUCUGUCCGGCAGACUGAGCUUUGCCACUACCAUGAGUUGUACUACGAUGCCGCCUGCACACUUGGCGCCUACCACCCACUGCUCUAUGAGAAGCUUCUGGUGCAGCGUCUGAACACUGGUGCCCAGGGGGACCUGCACCACAAGGGCAAAGUGGUCCUGCCAGGGCUACGGGCUGUGCGCUGCCCUGCUCCCAACCCCACUGUUCCCCACUCUUGAAAUCACCCUUGGGGAUUAAUGUGCAAUAAGGUACUACUGUUGUACAAUAAAUCACAUAAGAAUACUUGAAGAUAUAUUUUAGGCAAUGUUAGUCUGAGUCUUUAAACUGUAGGUUAGGGGUGGCCAUCAGAAUUCUUCUCUUCCUAAGCCAUUGAGUAUUACUGCUUUGAAAACAGAACGAAUUUUUUUUUAAUAAAAGCUUGAGAAAAAUCUUUUAAAAGGGGGAAUAGUUUGAGGGAAAAUGCAAAUGUAUAACAAAUGAAUGAUGUACAUCAACAAAUGUUAACUUCCUUUGUGCUGUGGACACCUUUAUUCAGGGUUGGUUUCAGCUACAUGAUUCAGUGAUGUACUUGAUACACACCUUUAUGAAGUGGUUUCUACCUAGAAAAACUCAAGUUGAGCUGUGGUGUCUAUAGCAUUUAGUGUGUCACUUUUACAUGCAUUCGUCAUUAAAGGUUCUAGAGCUUAUGACAAAUAUCUGAGCUAUUACUCAGAUAUGUUUGACAGCAAAAAUUUCUCAGAGGAAGUGCACAUGUUUCAAAUGGCUCUGCUUUCAGUUGCUUGCUGAAUCCUUUCUUUGUAUCCAGACAAAUUUCUAAAACCCUAAUGCAUCCAUUUUGAGCAGUCCAAGAAAAGGUUUAUCCUGGCAUGCUACCACUAAGGGUUCACUUUGCUUUCCUGUAAUACUUCUCAAACCAGCGAGAAAUGCAGGAUAAGCCAGAUGGAGAAGAACAUUGUCACUAAAGCAGUACAAUCAGGGCAUUUCAGGGUGCCCUGGACUUUUUAUUUCCUUACCUCCCCACAUGUCAUCUACCCCCGAAUCCUCUCAUAGUAACAUGCACUGGCGUUUAGCAUAUUUAGCAUGUCUGAUGAGAGGGUUUCUCCAGAUCAAAGGAAAGACUUGGAGUGCAAUAACCCUGUGCAAUAAACCGUAUUUCUUUUAAAUCAGUUUCUAGGAGGUUACUAUCAGCUAUCAACCUGAUAGGGUUGUUUUAGUUCUUCCUAAAAGGCAGAUAUUUAAAAAUUUCCUCUUUGGGCCAGGGAUAUGAGUCAAAGAACUGGAACGCAGGCUUUAGUGUCCAACUACUCCCUCUUUCCCAGAGAGAAUCUUUUCACUAUUUUUUAUAUAUAUUUUAUGCCAUCAACAUAACAAAACCACAUAUAGAAUUGUAUGCAGUCAUUGUUUUUUAAUAAAGGAAAUAUGUAUAUUUUAGAGUGGUAGCAGCUUGAGACAAAAUUGUCAUCUCAGUGUGUUAGUUAUAUUCAGUUGUAUUUAUUUUUAUUUCAUGUUUUUUGUGGUUUGUGGAAGUCAGGGCCUCACACACAAGAUGCAGGCACUCUACCACUGAGCCACGUCCUCAGCCUGUUACUCAACUUUUGUUACUUAUACAUUUAAAAAAUAAAUUUUUACAGUUAAAUAAAUAUUUUAGAAUAACUUAAUUAUAACACUAAUGUUAAUUUAUAACCAAAACAUAUCUCACUGGUGCAGUUAAAACUUCAUGGCAAUGACAACAGCAAUUUAAUCCAUGCAAAUGUGUGAUAUCAGGAAAGUUAAUUGGAAAAAUCAUUUAUUUCCACAGCAUUCCGAGAAACAUUUUUUUCAGUAAGAAUGUUUUACAGAAAAUAACAGCUUCUGUUUUUUUGGUUAGUCCAUCCAUGCUAUAAAAACCAGGAUGGAAAAUGAACAUCUUGGUUUUCUUGCUGGUGCAUAAUUGGAAAAUAAAGACUAAUUGUAAGGUUUUAAUUAAGACACCAAAAGCCUACUUCAGAAUCUAUGAGAAGACAUCGAUGAUUUUGUCCUGCAUGCCUACACAUGUCAAGGUACAUGGACAUGGCCAAGUCACUUUUCUUUAUGACUCCCAUGUAUAGAGGGUGGAGCCAGUGAACUUGACUCUGGUGAAAUAGCUCCGCUGAACCCCCUUUUUGCAGCCUGGGCUUUACCCAGACCUGCCAGCGUUUCCUUCAGAUGCCAUGGUUUUGCCAUUACCUUUACAAACAGCAUCAUUUCCUUACAACCUUAUAAAGAUGAACUUAUUAUCCAGGGCGUCCUCAUGGAUGACAUGAGAUCUUGGUUGGAGGGAAGUUUAUAGGGGUUGAUGUAAUUAUGCCAAUUGAAAAAUCCAAGAAAAUGUUUCAGAGAUUUUAAACACCAUUUUAUUAUAGCACAUACACUUCUUUUAAGUAAUUUUAGUCUCAUUGAGGUAUGAGAAAGAGUACAAAUUGCAAAAGAAACAAUUAUAAUUCUGAACUUUAGUAAGGCUUUAAAGACUCUUGGGAAUCUGGGUCAUUAAAUAUUUGGAAAAUAUGUUACACAUAUCACUAUAUCAUAGAUUGAGUUUUUUCUGUGUAAAACUUUAAAUUGCUUAGAGUCCCAAGUAAAAUAGGUAUUAUAGUUAAUAUUGGUCCUAAGUGGCAGUAUUUUGCAAGACAUUAAAUCGUUGUAUGUCAAAUUUACUGAGUGGCAAUAACCACAUGGCCAUUCUCUGGAGUAAACAAUACAAGUUGUCCCACUCUAUUCUUUCCAGCCUCUCUCCCUUCCAGAACUUUCCAUUCACUUCUGUGAAGGGAUGCUGAUGAAAUCGUUACGGUGCAAUUUGAAGCCAUAACUUGGCCCUUUUCUAACUCUCAGGACUAACGUUGUUUUGUUGUUUUACAUUUCAAGAUAACUUCACUUGAGUUUUAAAGUUUUAUUGUUAUCUUGAUAAAAAAAAUAAGCAUGUCUAGAUCAGGAAUAGCUUACCUACAUCUAUGUUUCCUUUCCUGAUUUUCCAAUCUGUCUUCCAGAUACUAGGACAAGGUUUAAUGGAUGGUGGGUUCCUACUGUUUCCAAGAAAUACCAGGGCUGCCCCACAAAGUUCUCACAGGCAUACAUUUAUCAAGAGCUUUGAGUGUAGAAGCACAAGGGGGUCAGUAAAAACUUGCAUGAAAAUAUCAGGGAUUUGUGUUAAGAAGGAAUGAAGAAUUUUUGUGCAUCUUAUAUUUACUGGGUCAUUUGCCUGGAUGCAGGACUCAGAAAGAUCUUCCUUUAGCUAUAGCAUUUCUUACAGUCUUGUGCUCUUCAGCUGUCUCUGAGCCAAGAAUUUUAUCAAUACUCUACUUUCUAGUAGUCACCAGUCAUUGUUUCCAGAGCAUCUGGACAAAGUAAUGCUGAGGUUAUAGGAUAAUGCCUUCAAAAUUGGGAAAUAAAAAGUAGCUGUUUAAGGCUACUGUAAGGUGGUUUGUUACGUGUUUAUGAACUUUUUCAUUCUGGUGGAACAGAUUAAUUCCUUGUUAUUGGCAGAGCCCUCUGGGCAGGAAUAGCUGUAUCCACUAAAUCAAGGAUGUCCUUGUUGGCUGCAAUAAAUGGAGCACAAGUGUCACAUGAAUAAUUGAAUAUGGGAGAAUUUUGUGUCAAAAAUGUCGUUAAGGUUCUCUCUCCAGCCUUCCUCAGAGAUCAGUGCACAGUGCAUUUGCAGCUGGUGAUAAAAGCAACCUGGCCUGAUCCUUUCUCUUUGCUAUGGGAAGAGACAGAGAAAGGAUGAGGAAUUACUGAGAAAUACAUGAUAAAAUUUAGAGACAAAAUAGUCUCUGAAUAUAUUUUAAUUGUUUCUUCAACUUCUCACUUUAGAGCUCUUACUCAGUAGUUUCAUGAAUAAAAACAGCCACAUUUAGUAAUUAAGUGCUUAGGUAAAAAAUAUACCUGAUUUCAAAUCAGGUACAGAACUUUUUUUUUUUUUAUACUCUGGGUCUUUCCACUGUGAAAUGAUUCUGCAUGUUUCUUUCACUUGGACAUUAUUUACAGACUUGGUCAGUGAAAGAUAUUUCUUUCAAUUCAAGGAAAUGUAAGUUUUGAUUCUUGUUUUAUUAAGUGAAUGAAACCUUUUAGUAAAAAAAAAUAAAUCUAGCAUAUUUCUCUACAAAUGAUAGGCUAAUAGAAUUUAAAGAAUUAAAGACAUUGAUAUAGUUCUUACUCUUGUUAUAAAAAUUAUGCAUAUAGAUAUAGUUAUAUAAUUGUAUAUAUACAUAUCUACAUAUAUAGUUGUUUAUAUUGUCUCCUUAUCAAACUUUAUCUGAAACAUUUACAAUAAAUUUUAUUUUAAUUAUGUCAACACCAAUAUUUUAAGUGAAGGAAGCCAAUAUCAUAUGCCCAGUUAAAAAAAAUUUAAGUCUUUUGGGGCCAGAGAGACAGUAAAGUGGGGAAGGAAUUUGCCUUGCAUGUGGCUCAUUCCCGUCGAAUCCCUGGAACCACAUAUGUUCUCCUCUGCUCUGCCAGGAUUUAUCCCUGAACACAGAGCCAGGAGUAAACCCUGAGCACAACUGGGCAUGGCAAAAAAAAACAGUCUUCCAACAUAUGUAUUCAACAUAUCAUAGCUAUGUUCAAAAGCAUGGCAGAAAUAUUUGGGCCAGAGUGCGAGCACAGCAAGUAGGGUACUCACUCUGCACACAGUCAACCCAAGUUAGAUUCCUGGCAUCGCAUAUGGUUCCCCAAGCACUGCCAGGAGUGAUUUCUGAGUACAGAGCCAGGAGUAACCCCUGAACGUUGUGGGCAUGACACCCCAAAAAGAGAAAAAUAAUUUGAAAGCUUUAUAAAGGUAGAACAUUCUACCUAAAGAUUGUAUCGCAGUCAUAUGCCUAAUGCUCAUGACUUUUUGACAAGACCAGGGGAGAAAUAUGUAUGGAAAAUGGUCUUACAAGAGAGAGUUUGAACAUAUUUACUGCAUUGCUAGUAUGAAAAAUCCAGUAUACAUGGUACCACACAUCCUGUUUUACUCUCGAUAAAUUUUUCUGAUGAAAAUGAGUCAACUUUUUUAACAGUUUUAGGAAUUUUUUGUAUGAUAAUUUUUAAAAAUGAAAUGUGUGCUCUUCAAACUAACUGAAACUUAAGAUUUUCCAGGAGUCACAUUUUAAGGGUGUUUGUACACAUUUGAACACUUUGAUAUUUUCUAUUUUGGUUUUGUAUAUUUUUAUGUAUACACAAUGUACAGAUUUUUCUUGUAAAUAAAACAUGUUUUCAUUUGA